UAUCAGGAGGUGUAAUUUCUGGAAUUGGUAAAGGUAUCUUUGCCUCUUCACUAGGACUUUUAUUAAAAACUCUUGGUUUAAGAGUGACUGCAAUAAAAAUUGACCCAUAUAUGAAUAUUGAUGCUGGAACUAUGAGUCCUAUUGAACAUGAUAAUAAUAUUACUACAGGAAAGAUAUAUCAAAAAGUCAUCAACAGAGAAAGAAAAGGAGGGUAUCUUGGAAAAACUGUUCAAGUGGUACCACAUAUAACUGAUGCAAUUCAAGAAUGGGUUGAAAAUGUUUCUAAAAUACCAGUUGAUUCAAGUGGUCAAGAACCUGAUGUUUGCAUAAUUGAGCUUGGUGGUACAGUUGGUGACAUUGAAUCUGCUCCAUUUGUUGAAGCAAUGCGUCAAUUUCAAUUUUAUGUUGGACAUGAAAAUUUUGCAUUAGCCCAUGUUUCAUUGGUUCCUAUAGUUGGUCCAGUUGGUGAACAAAAAACAAAGCCUACUCAAGCCACAAUUAAAGAAUUAAGAUCUUUAGGAUUAUCACCUGACUUGAUUGUAUGUCGUUGUUCACAACCAUUAAACCCAGAUGUUCGAAGAAAGAUAUCAAUGUUUUGCCAUGUUGGUCCAGAACAAGUUGUUUCAGUAAGAGAUGUAUCUUCAACAUAUCAUGUUCCAUUACUUUUAUCAGAACAAGGAGUAUUGAAAUUCUUGAUUACAAGACUUAGCCUAAAUCUUAUUAAUAUCAAACAAGAACAAUGUAACCAUGGUUUGCAUCUGUUGAGAGAAUGGAUAAUGUUGACCGAAGAGCAUGAUCUUCUUUCAAAACCUGUUACAAUUGCUAUUGUUGGUAAAUAUACCUCACUUCAAGAUUCAUAUCUUUCUGUUGUAAAGGCACUUGAACAUUCUGGAAUGAAAUGUGGAAGAAGACUUGUUAUCAAAUGGGUAGAAGCUACAGAUUUGGAGCAGAGCGAUGAUAAAUUGGCAAAUAAAUAUCAAGAAUCAUGGAAAAUUAUAAGAUCUGCAAAUGGUAUUCUUGUCCCUGGUGGAUUUGGGAAUCGUGGCAUUGAGGGUAAAAUUGCAGCAGCAAGAUGGGCACGUGAAAAUAAGAUUCCUUAUUUAGGAAUAUGUCUUGGUAUGCAAAUUGCUGUAAUUGAAUUUGCACGUAAUGUUUAUUCAAAUUCUGAAGAAUUUAAUCCAGAUGCCAAAAAUCAAGUCAUAAUUAAUAUGCCAGAAAUUUCCACAAUUCAUCUAGGUGGCACUAUGAGAUUAGGUUUAAGACCAACAAUUUUUCAACAAGAAACUGAAUUAUGGUCAAAGAUGCGUAAACUAUAUGAGAUUAUGAAUGUGACAGAGAUUGGUACUGGGAUUGUACAAGAACGUCAUCGUCAUCGUUAUGAAGUUAAUCCUAAAUAUGUUAAAAGCUUUGAAUCAUAUGGAUUAAGUUUUGUUGGACGUGAUGAAACUGGACAAAGGAUGGAAAUAAUGGAAUAUCAAAGUCAUCCAUUCUACGUUGGCACACAGUAUCACCCAGAAUAUCUUAGUAGACCCCUUAAACCAUCACCAGCAUUCCUUGGUUUUGUAUCAGCAUCAGCGGGAUUAACAAUUGAACCAUUGUUUAAAAAUUAA